CGCAGAAGGCCGUCGCAUCUCUCGAUCGUCGCGUUGAGUAUCCGCGUUGCAUACCGUGCGUGCGUCGUUGUAAGAGCAGCGCGUUUUUGCAGUGUCGAAUUAUUUUCCCACCCGGCGAUAUGCGAGUGAGUGCGAUGAGAUAGCUUUGGCAUUUGUCAUUUUGAUACUUGAAUGGUAUACUUACAUUUGUGCCAUAGUUAUAUAUAUAUACACGUAAAGACGCGGCAUGUGAGUCAUCCUCAGUGAGGAAAAUAUAUAGGUAUCCUCUAUUUAUUCUUUUUUUCGAAUGCAAAGCAAGAGCGAACACAUUUGAAAAUCAUUCAAUUUUGUUCAUACGAACGAGUACGAAUUAACGAAAAUCACACGGUGAUGAUGCUGUAAUAACAAUAAUAUUCCGCUAUAAGUAAUGUGCCAGUGUUUUUUAUCGACACCAAUAAAAGGGAAGUGCAUCGUGCUGAGAGUCAUUAGUUACUAACCAUACGAGAAUCGGUUAAAAGCAUAUCGUUCCUCUUUCACGAGUACCGUCUGCGUUCGACAAUACUUGCCUUUUUUUUUCGUAAUCUCGCGACAAACAAAACAAAAAGAACAUACGUACAUUCGCGUGCAAAAAAAGAGAAAAUAAAUAAAUAAAUAAAUAAAAUUGACUACGAUCGAAGCUUUAAAAGUGUGUUUAUAUAGGAGAAUCGAAGCAGAUAUACACUACUAUCGGCAGAAGCCUUUGGCAAUGAUCCAGCGAGUUUCAACUUGGAUUCAUUCGAAACGAGACGUAGCGUCGCUGAAAUGGAGGCAUCGAUGAAGUCAUGACUCGCUACCUGUCCACGUUCUUCCCGUUGCGGAUACUCGUAUACUCGUUUUAAUUUGCCGUAGGCUGUAUUGGGCUAGGAGGCAGGAAUCUCGAUAAUGCGUCCAAGGCACUCCGCAACAAUGCAGAAUAAGUGAAGACGUGAGAGUGUUGGAAAAAGGAAAGCCACCAAUGACGCAGUGGACAUGAAUAGGUCGUCCAGAUGGUCGUCACUGCUGGUCCUGAUUUUCAUUCUUCUAAAAUGCGGUACAACGCGACCAAUGCUGGCAUUGGAGGAUGCAAAUCCGUCGCCGAGGCUCGUGGUAGCCGCCUCGCAUACUGCCCUGUCCGGCGAUCUUGGCGUGCUCAUCAUCGACAUGCCGUUGGCGUACCGCCCCAGUAGCAGCAGUAGUACAACUUCGAGGCCCGCAACAACUUCGCCCUCGACGGCAUCCAGUAGACCGCCGAGUGUUACUUCGAGCACGACGAAAAGGACGACGACGACGACCAUCGGCAGCAGCGAGGACGUUGAUAUCGAUCUGGAUUCCGUCGAGGAGGAUGUCGAUUACAGCAUCGAGGCCAGUCAGCUCGAGGAUCCUUACAUAUUGAGGGUGUUUCGUCUGGACGGCUUCACGUCCGAGCUGAUCGGCGAGGUGCCGCUCGAGCAGCUGCCAAAUGUCGCCGGGGUCAACGUGUCCCUCGUCGUGCCCUGCGGCUUCUUUUCGCGCGGCGGCAGCUACUCCCUGCAGCUGCAGCACAAGUCCAGCCCCACGCCGGAACGCUUCACCGACACCGCCAGUCUUCACGACGCACAGAUGUGGACGACACUGGACGUCAGAUGGCCCACGCCGUCGCUGGCCCUCGAGCCGCAGCACCUGGACACUUAUCCGAGUCAGCCGGUCCUGGCGACCCUCGAGUACACGGGCAUAUCGUGCGCCCCCGCGGCCGGCGUGCCCGUGCCCACCUACACGGUGCAGCUGAUUUAUUGCGGCGCCAGUGUGCUGUCCUGCGAUCCACGCAACAAGAGUCAUGUACAGAUGCUUUACAAAGAAGAAGUGGAGGGUUUUCCCAUUCAAAGGGUAAUCACGCUGCGCUGCGAGUUUUUCGGCCUCGCCGGUCACUACGCCCUCAGGCUCAAGCCAUCCGAUCCGAGCGCGCCGACGACGAGCGCCUACAUCAAGGUGGAAUGGUCGGAUCUGUACGUGUUCAACGUUCACGCGCGCUCGAUCUAUCCGUGCGACGCCUCGAGCGGCGGCGUCGCGGUCCUCUUUCAGUAUCCGGCCUGUCGACUGGCCGGGGAUCGGGUCCGGGUGUACGGGCGUCUGCGCGCCGACGUGGCCUCGCUGGCGCCCCCGUCGACGCUGCACUACGUCUCGGAGCUCAAGGCGCCACCCGGCAAGCACCAGCUGACCUUCGACUGCGAUCUGUUUACCGAGCGCUACGUCGAGUACUGCUUCGUCUACAUCAGCCAGGCUUACAACGGCGCCAUGUCCGAGGUCCGGGUGGACUGCAUACCGACCUUCCCGUUGCAAGAAAGCGACGCCGGUGGCUGGGGACCUUGGAGCCAGUGGACGCCCUGCAGCAGUUCCUGCGUCGGCGGCACGCGCAAUCGUCAUCGCUUCUGCGACACUCCGCCUCCCCGAUACGGAGCCAAAUUUUGCCAGGGUGAGACCGUGCAGACGGAGCCGUGCGGCGGCUCGAGCCAGCUGGAUCUGCGCGGGGCCUACAGUCCCGGCGACUGGGAGUGCCGCCACGGCGAGGGCUUGGCCGCCGACAGACCGGAGGUGACUGCCGAGGUCGGCGACAAGUGCCGCUGCGGCUGCUCGCUCAGCCUCGAGCGCGACCAAGAGUCCAAGAUUUUAGCCGCGAGCAGCCGAUACUGCCCCGGAAGAUCGUUUUGGCUCGUUCAGACGAAUCCUGAAUACAUACUGCAGAUAUACUUCGAUCAGGCGCGUUUCCCGUGCCAAGGCCAGUACGCACGGGUGCGGGACGGCGACCUGUUGAUCGACGAGCUGCUGGCCGAUAUCGCGAGCGACAAGAAGGAGCCCGCCUCCGGUCAGAUUCAGAGCUCGGGACCACGACUACUGCUGGAAUUUUACAGCCAGGAAUCUUUAUCGACGGACGACGAUCAUCAAGCCUGUCUGGCUGGUUUUCUCGUUCACGUCAGCGUCAUACCGAAAUCAGCAGCGGCGGACAAUCGGAGCGCCAUUUACCCGGCCACGCUGGCCAACGCCAAGAUAAUGGCCGCGGCGAGCCGCUGGGCGAUCUGGCUCACACCGGCUCAUCUGGCCGCGGCGUCGCUGCUCUGCCUCAUGUUCCUCGUCUCCGUGUUUCUGGCGCUGCAGUACGCAUUUAAAUAUCGCAAGUACCAAGUGGCCGAGGAUCUCGACAGUCUCACCGACAAUUCCGCUUGCAGCGGCUCGAUGCAGGGCCUGACGAGGCGAGCCAGAGCCGUCUCCUCGUCCACCCUGAUCUCGGAGGUGGUGUCGCUGGUCAGGCUGCCGAGACGUGGCGGCAACAACUCGCCGAGGCACGCGAGACUCGACGAGUCGUCCACGGUCGCCGACAUCGAGGAAGGAUACGAGAGCACGGAAACUCAACCCGACGGAGACGAGGAGAGCUUGGGCUCGGGCACACUCAAGCCCCGGGACUCGGACGAUCAGCUGCAUCAGCAGCAGCCGCAGCGAAGCAUCAGCGGCGGUGGCAGCGGCUCGCAGAGGACCAUAGUGGCCGGAGGAGGAGGAGGAACGGCCGGCAACAGUGUGCGGAGCACUCCAACGAGGCGAUCAUCCGUUUCGAGCUCCUCCACGACGACUCUGGCUGCUGCUGCUGCUUCGGCGGGCGGAGGUUCUAGCGCGUCGUCGUCGUCGGCCAACAACUCACAUGUCGAGGUCAAGUACGCCCGUCCAGUUAAGCUUCGUACAUUCGGGCCAGUCAGCCCCGUGUCAGAAGAGGGAACAACGUCAAUGUCCGAAGAUGGACGCCGUUUCAGCGCCACGAGCGCCUCGAACAGCCUGAAUAACGGUUUCUCGCCAGCGAGCAGUUCGUCUAAUUCGACACUCCGACGCUUCACGGGCAAGGAGUCGAAGGAACGUCGAAAUCGCGAACGCUUGCUGGCCGGUCCAGGCUCCGAGUUCAGCCUGGCUAACCAAGACACCGAUCUGGAACUCGAUUACUACGAUUACAACGUGGUGAACGCCGGCGCGGCGCCGGGCUCGUACCUUGGCAUGGAUCCGGCUUUCCUCGUCUGGAUCCCGCCGAUCGACGACGAGGACGCCGCCGUGCCGAGGGCAGAGAUCGAGGACGAGGAAGAGGAACCGCACUACGAAGAGAUCGCCGAGCUGAGGCCAUUGGACACCGAGGGUGCAGCUCUGACCCCGGCGGAGUACAGAAAAGUUCGGUCGCGUUAUCGUCACGACGAGUCGAGCGAAAACGACUCCGAGGACAUCAUAAGACCGAGAAAACUCGAUCCCGGUGAGUGCAAGCUCCACGACGAGAUCAUCCAGGAGUACAAAGCUCGGCUGGGCGAAGGAAUGUUGCCGAUCCACAGGAUACUCGAGGAGUCCCGAGUGCGAGUGAGCGAGGAGUCCUUGUCGAGUAAUUCCGACGCGAUUCCGAAUCGAGCCGAGCCAGAGCCCGCCAAGAGCAAAUCGUCGUCGACCGGAAGACUACCGAAGAGAAUCAAAAAGCUGAGCAGGUGGAAAUUGUCGAAGCGAGACACGAGGACGCCCAGCAGCGAGUCGAGCACGCAGUCUCUGGACGGUAAUGAGACGGGCUCGAAACCCAAGACAAAGACCAUCGUCAACGAUUUGGAUACCCCGAGAACUCGUCGCAGGUAUCUUGGAAAAAAUCAAGACUACUGCGACGUCAACAUUUUGAACGAUUCUCCCGUGCAAGAGGAUGUCAGUCAGUUGAACGCGGUGGACGCUCGGAAGUCACCCGGCAGCGCGGUCAACAUACCGAUGGCGGAAUUCUCGAGAAACAAGCAAGAAUCUCCGGUGAAGGUUCACGGCGGCGGUAGCCGGAAAAACGUCACGCAUCCGAGUCCGGAUAAUCACGAGACGAAGCCGUCGUCGUUUUACGCCCUCAUCGGCGAGGGCGAGGACGGCAUCAAAUUUGCCGACGACGACGAUGAAUACAUUGAUAAUAAAGUCGUAGCUUAAAAAAAAAAAAUUGACGUAAUUUAUACAUUUCAAUAAGCCACACCUCUCAGAUACUCAUGACUGCACUCUGAAUCGAUUGUUAAACCUAUUUUUAGUUUUGUAUUCGAGGAAAAAAAAAUUGUUAGUACUUUGAAAGCUUUCGUAAAAAAUUCGAAUUUAUACCUAAUAAGUAAAUUUUGUAAGAAGGAGUUGUGAAUUAUUCGAUUCUAUUGUAAUUUAUUCGAUUGUAAAAAAAAAGAAAUGAAAAAAUGUAAUUUAUCGAAAGGUGAUAAAAGGGAAGAAUAGAUUUUACGUUUAUUUUGAAAAAUUAGACAUCACCGUAGCUUAGCUAAAAGAUGUAAAAUUAUAAUUUAUAAAAUUUCUGUCAGACAGACGAAACUCUCAAGUUUCAUAUUUUCUUAUCUUGUAAAUUGAAAAAAAAUAAGUAAGGUAAAAAAACUAACUGACAAAUAGUGGGUAGAAAUGUAUGUCUGAUGCCCUGGGCAUUUACAGUGCAAUCCAGUAAACUAUGGUAUUAUGAAAAAAAAAACAGUAUAAUAAUAGUAUUGUCAGACAAGGCAUUCAGAUGAAUAUGAGAUUAUAAUUUUAUUUACAAAAAUGAAAUUAAUAUAAUCAGUUAUACAAAAAACCCCAUAUCACAAUUGCGCAUAUGCCUUUAGACAUUAACUAUAGCUUGAAUAAAAAAUAUUGUGUGACACCGUUUUCAAAAAAUAUUUCUCUAUGAUAAUUCAUAAAAAAAAUUCAUUUCGUUGUAACAAAAAAUCUUCUUCGUCUCUGAGUUUAUUUUACGUUAUCAAAAAUUAACUGAUUUUUGUUAAAACUUUUUUUCUUAAAAAUUUUAUGACAAUUAGUAUAUCAUAGAUGGCAAUGAAAUUGUACUAAACUAAGCUCAUAUCAUUUUCAGUGCAUUUUGUGCUUAUUACACAAAAUAUGUCAGCACCAAUUCAGUAACAAAGAGCAUUAAAUCGUUACAUGUAAGACAUCAUAUAAAAAGGAAGCAAAAUAUCUUAUAAAACUGUUGUAUAGGUGUUUUAAUUACUUUACAAUUACAAAUCAGUAUCAAAGUUAUCUAUUUCAUUAAUUUCUGUUGUCGCAACGAUUUAUAAUUGUUUCAUUUGUAAUCCGUUGAAUAUUAUUUAAUUUAUAAUAGCUUCAUAUUGUACUUAAUUUUUUUUACCGAAAAAUCUGUAUGAGAAUACAACGCAUUUGACACUCGUAUGAACCAAAAACAAUCAUCGAUUGAAUUUAUGUUAGGCAGAAAGUAGUUAUUGCUUGAUCACUUUAAAUUGCAAUUCUUUUUUCAAGAGAUGAAUUAUAAAAAUGUACUCAUUCCAUAAAAAAUAAUAUAUCAUAUAUAUUUUGACC